AUGGCUGUCAAUUUUCCUCGUGCAACGUUUAAAAAAAUUAUUAAAUCUCAUUACAAUAAAGCUCUAAGCAAGAAUGUUGAUGUCAUGCUCUGCCUGGAAUGCGUUUUAUUCCUUCAACGUUUGGCCAAAGAAGCUGGCGAAGAAGCAGGCGAAGGCAAC